AGUGGUGCUUGAGUGAGGGUGCAUACGAGUGGUGAAACAAACUGUGUGGUUAUCAACACACUCUUAAUUUGUUUUCCCCCCAAAAGGAGAACUGAAAGACAUAAAUCAUCUAAAACGUUUGACUCACACCAUUAACAAGGAAACUCUGUACUGAAUACUGUACUGGAGAAGGCGUUUAACAGAUUCAAAAAGGAUCAUGUAUUCAUCUACAAAUCAUACUGAAGAUGAUGCUCUAAUAUCCACUGAUAAUUAUAGUGAUUAUCCUGAUUAUGACCCUGGUAAUACAAGCGGCCCUGUAGUGCCUACACCAGAGUCUCCAGCGCUUUGCACAGAUGUGGGGUGUGUUUUACUGGCAACAGUAAAUGUGAUUAUUACGGUUCUUGGAAUCACUGGAAAUGGUUUGGUGAUCUGGAUUGCAGGGUUUAAGAUUAAGAAAACAGUCAACACUGUCUGGUACCUCAGCCUCGCUGUGUCCGACUUCCUCUUCUGUGCCUUCCUGCCCUUAUCCGUUGCCUAUAUUGUUAAAAAUACAUGGGUCUUUGGGCGCUUCAUGUGCAAGUUUACAUACUUCUUCUGGUUCCUCAACUGGUUCAGCAGCAUCUUCCUCCUCGUCAUCAUCAGUGUGGAUCGCUGUGUUGUGGUGAUGUUUCCUGUUUGGGCACAAAACAAGCGCAGCAUACGCAGGGCCUUGGUGAUUGUUCUACUAGCCUGGAUAGUCUCAGCAUUGCUUAGCUUACCAGCAGCCAUUUUCCGAGAUGUAGAUAAUAUAUACUAUGACUCACUGGUCUGUUACUACAACUACACGCAUGAUGACGAAGACAUUGCUGUAAGGGUGUGCAGAUUCAUUUUUGGAUUUGUGAUCCCCUUACUGAUCAUCAUGUUUUGUUAUUUCCUGAUCAUAAGAAAGCUGAAAUCUAACCAUAUGGCGAGGUCCAAUAAGCCAUUUAGGGUCAUGACAGUAUUGAUAGUUGCUUUCUUCAUUAGCUGGCUGCCUUAUCACUUUUUUCACAUAUUGGAGAUAAGCCUUAAAGAUCCAAAUGUCAUUUCUAUUGGACAAAGAUUUGGAAGCACACUUGCGAGCACCAACAGCUUCAUGAACCCUUUUCUUUAUGCUUUUAUGGUAAAGGACUUUAAGAGGAAAUGUUAUGCACUUCUGCCAAAGAUUGAGAGCACAUUUUAAGAGGAAGCACGGAGUACUCUCAGAGGGACGUCUCUUACUACCUCAGGAGACGGCAAACUUUCAACGACUGUUUAAAGAUUUCAGGCCUUGCCAAUUCUUUAUAGUUGUAACAAAAAGUCAUGACAAAGUUGUUUCAUAAAUGUUCUACAACAUUUAAUGUAACAAUAAAUGUAUGUGAAAUGUGCAAUAUGUCAUAUGUUGUACACUAUGUACAAUCAUUAGUAAUUUUCUCUGCUACAGGAGCCAGUGUAUCAGUAAUUAUUUUCUUUUAUCAGAAUACCCUUAAAGCUUGGUUCCUUACUUAAUAUUAUAAGGGUUACGUGUUACCGGUUUGUAUUUUUUAAGUGCAAAUGUACGCAAGAGCAUUUUUUAUUAUCUUCUUCUUUUAUUUUUAUACUAAUUUAAAGAUACAUUUUUGAUCACAUUAUAUUGAAUAAUCAUUUAUUGCAAGCAGCACUGC